CCGGAGGGAGGGCCGAGGGGCGACAAAUUUUCUGUAUUUUGUUUAGCUAAUGAGUGUAUAACUUGACUUCGUAGUCUUAUAAGCCUUUUUCAUGUAACCAUUUUCAAAGAGCCUGGGGUCAAGGAAGUAAAUUGUGAUGACUAGACAGAAAACAGCAAAAACAUUUGGCUUUGAGAAUCGAGAGAUCGACAAGCUGAGCGGAGCAAGCAGAAAAUACUUUAUUCGACAUUUACAUCUCCCAUAGCACAAGAGACAAGGAGAUAACAUGGGAAGCUCAGAAAGCAAGAAUUUUGAAGAGGAAAUUCCGUGGAAAGAUCCGAUUUCAGUGCUAAUUGUUGGCGCUGGAAUGCGUGGCCAGGUUUAUGCAUCGUAUGCCAAAGACUUUCCAACCAGAAUGAAGGUUGUCGGCGUAGCAGAACCGAAAAGGUAUCGACGAGAAAUGAUGCGAAAUUUGUAUAAGAUUGAGGAAAAGUUCGUAUUCGAAGACUGGCAGCCAGCAGCCGAAAGAGAGAAGUUUGCUGAUGCUGUGGUAAUUGCAACUAUGGACUACCUUCACAAAGAUCCAUGCAUAGCAUUUGCCAAGAAAGGUUACCACAUUUUGCUUGAAAAACCAAUGGCCCUAAACCUGAGUGACUGUGAACAGAUAGUAAAGGUUUGCAAAGAACAGGGUAUCAUACUUGCGGUUGGGCAUGUUUUGAGAUACAGACCACACUAUUUGAAAGUAAACGAUAUUUUGGAGAGUGGAAAGAUUGGUGAUAUUGUCAGUAUCCAGCAUAUGGAACCAGUUGGUUGGUACCAUUUUGCUCAUUCUUAUGUCAGAGGAAACUGGAGACGGCAAGAAGACUCAGGAUUCUCAUUGUUAGCUAAGUGUUGCCAUGACAUUGACCUGAUUAAUUCAUUUAUGAAAGAUGCAAGGUGUGUUGCAGUGUCUUCAUUUGGUGCACUAAACCACUUUACAAAGAGUCAAAAACCCAACGGAGCUGGAGAAAGAUGUCUUGAUUGUGCUGUUGAAACAAACUGCCCUUAUUCUGCAGUGAAAAUAUACCUAGAACCUACCAAACAUGGAGUCCCAAAUGGAUUCUGCUUUUCAGUUGCUGAUAAACCUACACCUGAGACAAUUGAAGAAAAUCUAAGAAAAGGACCAUAUGGAAGAUGUGUUUACGAAUGUGAUAAUGAUGUCAUCUCAAAUCAAGUGGUUAAUAUGAUGUUUGAAGGAGGCAAAACAGUAAGCAUGUCAAUGGUUGCUUUUACAGAGAAGCUUUGUGUAAGGCAAACUAAAAUAUUUGGAACAAAAGGAGAAUUAAUCUGUGAUGAAGACUCUCCAAUAACUGUGUACGACUUUACAACAAGAAAGAAAGAGACCUUUGAAUGUGACACAAUGCCCUCUGAAACAACAACCAUGAGUGGACAUGGUUUUGCAGAUUACCAUCUCAUGCAUGCCUUUGUUAAAUCAGUAACUUUCAAUGAUCCAAGUUUUAUUCUAUCAAGUCCUGAUGAGUGUUUAGAAAGUCACAGGCUUGUGUUUCUAUCUGAACAAUCACGUGUUGAGAACAGGGUAAUUAAUAUUCAGAAAUCAUUUUAAGCAAGUUUAAAGCAUGUUUAAAGCAACUUUGAUUAUCUGUUUUUCUUCUGUUUGAAGCAAGAUUUUGUAUGACUAGUUACUGUGUUUUUAGAAACAUAUUCAGAAAAAGAGAAUUUAGAAAAUGAAAUGGCCUAAUCAGAGGUAUCAUUUGGGAGGGAAUAGGGCAAAUGUCCCCGAGCACCAUCUUGUCAGAAAUUUUGUGUUGUUUGCAUGAAACACAAGUAUAAUUUUGGUGCUAUUUUGAGGAUAACUGCACAAGAGAUCAUAGUGUGAAUUUCUGUUUUUAUUUACAGUCACACAAUAUUUUAUCAGAUAAACACUCACUUGAGGACUUUAGAUCAACAUUACCUUUUCUAACUCCUUAACAAGCCACACCAAAGUAGGACACACCCUAGUCAGAACAUAUAUGCAGUUAGGUCUGUCCCCUCUACUGAACUGAGGCCAUAAGCUCUUGUUCAAGAAUUUAGGACAAGUGUUAACAAAUUUGAUUUUUUGACUCACAAAUUGCCUGUCAGUAUUCUUCCUUUACACUCUGUUCUGAUUCCCUUGCUUAAUUGGCUUCACGUGAACUUUCCCUCUUUUCUGAUAUAUUGAUUGAUUAACUGGGCUUGAUUGCCGAAUAACUAAGAGAUUAAAACUGAGUUUUUACACCUAUUUCUUUGCUGAUGAUGACAGGAGAUCCUUGGGGAAAUGUUCUGUUUUUAAAUAGAACAUUUGAACAACCAUUCACAUUGCUAUCUUACUGACAUGUUGAAGGAUUAUUACUGUUUACCUCAAUUAAUGAUAAGACUUAACACUGGAAGGUCAUUGUAAAAGUGAAAAUUAGGGAAUAACUGGCUGUUUCUUUCUUAUGAAGAUCAUCACUUUUAUGCUAUGUUUAUUAUCAUCUUUUCAAAGCAACUGUGCAUCCUUGGCAUUUCAAUAUCUACAAUUCCCUUCAUUGGCGAAUUUGUUAUUUCAUAGACAGAAAGAACAAAAUAUAAAAAUGGCAGUUGUUGACAAUGGAGAAAAAAUAAGAAAGCUGUAAAAUACUGUAAAAGCUGUAUUAGGCUACCCACCCCACCCCACUUUCUCAGAGACACUAGGAUCAAUUGAUAACCCCUGGGACAUCUUCUAAACAAAUUUUGACUCACUUCUACAAUGCACAAGUAAACCAUGGGCUGUACUUAAUGUUGGGAAACCAGCAUUUUAGCGCAGUAUGUCGCAAAUUGCUAUAUAACUGUAUCGUUGAUGUGCAGUUGCUGAAGUAACUAUUUAUUUGUGUCAGUGUUUGUAGCAACAUGACUCUUGGAUGUUUAAGGAAUAUACAGUUACUAUGUUUUACCUUGGGAGUUGUUCACUUUGAUCAUAUGAAUUAUGAAACGAAUUAUUGAAGAGAAAGUUAUGUUUAAAAAUGAGCAAAUGUGUUUGCUACA